CUUCAAAUCUACCUGAUUCUGCUUUCCUUUUUGGCCUUUUCUUCUAAACCAAAAGUUGCCUGUCAGAAUACAACUUUAGAGAUUGUAGGAAAAUGGAAACGAAAAAGAAUGAUUUAUACAGAGAUACUCCCGUUCGAUAUUUAGGCUAUACAAACGAGGUAGGCGAAGCUUUCAGAUCUAUUAUAGGAACUAAAUGGGUAAACUUAACGUAUGGAAUUGCGACCAUGUACGUUCUAGCUGACACUGCCGACAAAAGCAUUGAAUCAUACAAGGUAAAUCAAAAUGAAAAAAAUCAUAAAGCUAGAGUGGCUUUUACCACAACGGAUACGUUAAUCUGGCAACUGCUGGCGUCGGUAAUAAUUCCAGGAUUUACCAUAAAUAGAAUUUGUGCAGUUUGUAACUAUACCUUUAAAAAAUCGAAUAUGCUGCCUAAAAAUAGCCGUAGGUGGUUAGUAACGGCAAUAGGAUUAUCUGCAAUACCUUUUAUUAUUAAACCAAUUGAUAAGUUUGUAGAUUUUGUUUUGGAUGAGAGUUUACGAAAAGUACAACCUAAGUAGUAUUGUUAAAUUGUUAAUGAUAGUAGAUUUGUUUUAUAGUAGGUAUAAAUAGAGCGUUGUAUAGAUGUGUUGACUAUUUCCUCUGCUAUUUCUAUGUUUUUUACACAAAUCAAAUUGUUAUAGAGUGCUUGUAUAGAAAAGAAACUCAUAAGCAUUUAUAAGUUCUUGAGAAUUUCAGUCAAAUCACCAGAUACACCCUAUAGUAUAGGCUCAAAAGUAACUACAUAAUAUAGAUAUACCUAUGUAUUAGGUAUCUAUUAUAUCCACUGUGAUUAUUGAACUUAAAAUAUAUUUUGUUUAA